GGCAAACCUGUGCGGAGGAACAAUGAACGGGACAUCGUCCGAGGAAUCUUCCGAUUCAACUCAGCGGAUCGAUUCGUUCAACGGCGAGCAGAGAGUCUACUUCGUCCCCUUGAGGUGGUGGAAAGAUGCCCAAGAUUCAAUGCCUUCUGAAUCUGUUGAAAAAAGAGAGAUCUUGUACACAGCAACAACUGGGUCUUCUUAUGGAGGCCCAAUGAAGUUGAUUAAUAACAUCUUUAACUCCGAUAUUUUGUUCGAUCUGAGGAGAGAAGGAGAUGCGUUACAGAAUGGUGAAACGGGAGAAGCAAGCGUCUCAGGCAGGGACUUUGCUUUGGUCUCGAGUGAUAUGUGGCUGCAGGCACUAAAAUGGCAUCAUGAUGAUAAAAAUACUGAGAGAGGUGUAAAAAGUUUCACGGCUGGAGGAGUUGACAGAGGUGAUGUUUAUCCAGUGCAACUCAGGCUCUCCGUUUUGCAGGAAACCAAUUCAUUGGCGGUUAAAAUUAGCAAAAAGGACAUUCAGUUUGAAUGUUUCAGAAGAGCAUGCAAGAUAUUCAGUUUGGAUUCUGAGCAGUUGCGCAUUUGGGAUAUUUCUGGCCAAACAACCUUGUUUUUCGAAAGUGAUGUGAGCAAUUCCAAGGAUUGUCUACAACAAGCAGAAUCAGGAAAUGCUCCUAGAGCUUCAGAUUUAUGGAUUAUCAGACUCCAUCAAAUUGAAGGAAUCGAAAAAGGAAGAUGGUUCCACACAGCAACCAAUGGGAUUACCAAUGGCAUAAAUGGUGCACAGCUUGCAGAAUCUAGGAACACUUGUUUCAUGAACAUUCCUUCAGUGCUUGGCUCACAACACCAAAGCUUGUCGACUUCUUUCUUGGAGAGUACAGGUGAGAUCGCCCUAGCUUUUGGUGACUUAUUAAGGAGUCUGUGGGCUCCAGGUGCAUCAACAGUGGCCCCAAGGACAUUUAAAAGCAAAACUUGCUCGCUUUGCUCCUCAAUUAGUGGCUUUAAUCAGCAUGAUUCGCAGGAACUUCUAGCUUUCUUGCUGGAUGGACUCCACGAGGACUUAAACCGUGUAAGGAACAAGCCUUACGUGGAAGCAAAAGAUGGAGAUGGCCGUCCAGACGCAGAAGUGGCUGAUGAAUAUUGGCGAAAUCAUGUUGCUCGCAAUGAUUCAAUAAUUGUUGAUGUGUGCCAAGGCCAAUACAAGUCAACAUUAGUUUGCCCUAUUUGCAAAAAAAUUUCUGUUAUGUUUGAUCCGUUCAUGUACCUAUCGCUACCUUUGCCAUGCACAUCAAUGCGAACAAUGGAUUUAACAGUCAUGAGUGCCGAUGGGAGUAGUUUGCCUAUUCCAUUGACUGUCAAUGUUCCUAAGUUUGGAAAAUUUGAAGAUCUUCAUAAGGCUCUUGUCACUGCAUGCUCGUUACCAGAGGAGGAAACUUUACUGGUUACGGAGGUAUACAACAAUCGGAUUAUUCGCUUCCUGGAGGAGCCUACUGAUUCAUUAACCUUGAUCAGAGAUGGUGACAAACUUGUCGUGUAUCGGUUAAAGAAAGAUGCAAACAAUUCUCCUUUGAUUGUGUAUAUGCAUCAGAAGCUGGAAGAGCAGUUUAUAUCUGGGAAAUCUAGUCCAACUUGGAAGGCAUUUGGAAUCCCUUUGGUCUCGAGGCUUUGUGAUGUUGAGAAUGGAUCUGAUCUCGAGAACCUGUAUCUGAAACUGCUUAGUUCAUUUAAGAUGCCUACUGAAUUCUUCACAGAGAAUCUUGAAAAUCGAAUUGAAGAAGAAGCCACUGAUAAAGCAGAUACCGAUGGUACUACUUCAGUUGAGGAUAUAAAUUCCACUGAUGUAAAGGAGACUACUGAAUCUCUUCCAGAUCCUGUGUUGAGGCUUUACCUAACCGACGACAGAGGAAACUCAAUAGAAUCUGAAAUAUUGAAAGAGAAGCCUGUAAAUAAAUCCAAGCGGGUGAAUGUGCUUGCACGUUGGCCAGUAAAAGAUCUUGACGUUUAUGAUACUCGUCUUCUGAGCUCCUUACCUGAGGUUUCCAAAUUUGGAACUAAGAGACCUCAAGAAUCCGUUUCGCUUUUCAAGUGCCUUGAAGCAUUCUUGACGGAGGAGCCUCUUGGUCCUGAUGACAUGUGGUAUUGUCCUGGCUGCAAAGAGCACCGGCAAGCUGUCAAAAAGUUAGAUCUCUGGAGGUUGCCAGAGAUCCUGGUUAUUCAUCUGAAGAGGUUUUCGUAUAGCCGGUUUAUGAAGAACAAGCUGGAGGCCUAUGUGGACUUCCCGCUAGAUGAUCUUGAUCUAUCAAGCUACAUCUCUUACAAGAAUGGUCAGACAACAUAUCGCUACAUGCUCUAUGCGAUUAGCAAUCACUAUGGGAGCAUGGGAGGGGGUCAUUACACUGCAUAUGUUCACCAUGGAGGUGAUCGAUGGUAUGACUUUGAUGAUAGCCAUGUCCACCCAAUCAGCCAAGAAAAGAUCAAGACCUCGGCUGCUUACGUUCUGUUCUAUAAACGCCUUGUAGACUAAAGAACCUGAAGCUGAAAAGACAAGAAAGAAGUAUUUGCAUU